AUGCAAUUAAUAGGUCCGCCAAUUCUCCGAAGAUGUCUUUUACCACAUUCCCUUCCUGCUGGAAAACCACCCAAUCCUACCACAAAACAGCCUUUAACAGUCCCUCAAAAUCCUUGUGCUCAACUCUUCUUUGCCAUUAACCCGAAAACAUCACCGGAAAACCUUAUCGAGUUGCUAGACAAGGCUUGGGAGUAUGAUCCCUCAACCACAUUGAAGCUAAUAUGCUACCUAAGGACUCUCAGAAAAGAGAGAUUGUCCUGUAAGGAAGGGUUUUAUGUGGCAGCCCUUUGGCUUCACAAAAACCACCCGUUAACCCUUGCCUGUAAUCUGAGAGACUUGGCUAGUUCUGGAACAUUGAGGGAUUUUGCUGAGAUCCUCUAUAGGCUAGUCAAGGAAGGUGAUAAUACAGGAAGUUUUAGGUUGUCGCGAGAGGAUGAAAAGAUGGAGAUAGCGAGGAGAGCAGUGUGUAAAUAUGUACAGGAUCCAGCCUACCGCUUCCUCCAUGAACGAGUGUCUGAUCUUUUUGCAGAACUCUUGCGUUCAGAUGUAGAAACACUCAACUCUAGCAAUGCUGAAGCACUAAGCUUUGCAGCAAGAGAUUGCCCAUCAAUUGACUCGUCGUGUGAUAGGUACACCCUCUUGUGUAAGAGCAUUGCCAAAAAGGUUUUUCCUCGGGAAUCAGACCCAAAUUAUGAAGGCAUUGAAGACAUACAUUAUGCCUAUCGGGUCCGGAAUAGACUGAGGAAAGAGGUUCUAGGUCCGCUCAGAAUAGCAUUAGGGAAAGAAACACAAGGAAGACUAGCAGGCAGUGACAAACAAGUCCAAGACAGUACAUUGUUCUUCAUGAAGAAAGCUUACCAGAAGAUGCUGAAGACGAAGGACACUGCCAGCAAGUUAAGGUAUUACCAGAUGAUUUCGUCAAUGUUUCUUAAGACUAAUGGUGAACUGAGGUAUUUCUCUUCAACUCCGCUCAGUAUAAUAGCUUCUCUAAAGGAAGAGAACAUUGGAGUGAAAGAGUUAGAAUGGCGGCAUAUGGUGCAAGCCUUUUCAAGUACAGGGAAACUGAGGAGCUCCCUUGCUGUUUGUGACAUCUCUGACAAGAUGAAAGAUACUACAAAAGACGUCUGCAUCUCGAUGGGGUUAUUGAUUUCUGAACUAAGCAACGACUGGUGGAAGGGAACUGUAUACGGGUUCCAUCAAUUGCCGAAGCUUUGCAAAAUCGAAGGGGAAGAUCUUCAAUCGAAGGUAAACUUCAUGAAACAGCUGAAGUGCACCGAGAGGGUGAAUAUUGAAACUAUUCUUAAUCAAGUAUUGCAAACAGCUGUUGCACAGAAGCUGCAUAAACAGGAAAUGGUGGAGAGAAUUUUUGUUUUCACCAAUAAGGAAUUCAGGAAAGCAGUUAACAGCAGUUGGGGGUGGAAUUACAGGGCUGUUUGGAAAAAUUACCAGAAGUUUGGCUACGAUCAGGUGCCCGAGAUUGUGUUCUGGAACAUUGAGGGUAUCAAUGAUGGUCCUCCUACAAUUAAGGCUGUUUUCCAUAACAGAUUGCUGACAAUUAAUGGUUUCUCGAGAAGUUUGUUUGCUUUCUUCCUGCAUGACGACGCUGUUUGGAGAUCUGCAGAAAUCAAGUCAGUCACAACUGCAGAGGAUGUAAUGAGAAUAACCCUUUCAGGAAAAGAAUACCAAAACCUUGCUGUACUUGACUGA